AUGAUAAUUAAGGUUAAUUCGGUUCAAACACGGGAGAGCCAAGAUGGGGACAAAGUUGAUAAUAGUCAAAAUGAUAUGAAUAAUGAGGAGAAAAGCAUAAGGAUAUAUGCAGAUGGUGUUUAUGACCUACUACAUUUGGGUCAUAUGAAACAGCUUGAGCAAGCCAAACAUGUAGAUAAGAAUGUUACCCUAAUUGUGGGUGUUACAGGAGAUAAUGAGACUAGAAAGUUUAAAGGUCAAAUUGUUCAAACUCUAGAAGAAAGAACAGAAACCUUGAAACAUAUUCGUUGGGUAGAUGAAAUAAUUUCUCCAUGCCCAUGGGUAAUUACUCCUGAAUUUAUGGAGGAACAUAAGAUAGAUUAUGUAGCACAUGAUGAUAUACCAUAUUCAAGUAAUCAAAAAAAGAAAAAAAAAAAAAAGUCUAAAGGGAAAUCAUUUAGUAUUGAUGAAGAAAAUGAAGAUAUAUAUGCUUGGUUAAAAAGAGCAGGGAAAUUUAAAGCAACACAAAGAACAGAAGGUGUAUCAACCACUGAUUUAAUUGUAAGGAUAUUAAAAAAUUAUGAAGAUUAUAUUGAAAGAUCCUUACAACGUGGUAUACAUCCUAAUGAAUUAAAUAUUGGUGUAACCAAAGCUCAGUCAAUAAAAAUGAAAAAAAAUUUAAUACGAUGGGGAGAAAAAGUUACAGAUGAAUUAACUAAGGUUACUUUAACAGACAAACCAUUAGGUACUGAUUUUGAUCAGGGUAUUGAUAUAAUAAGAGAUAAGGUACAUGAUUUAUUUAAAUUAUGGAGAUAUCAUUCAAAAAAACUUUUAAAAGAUUUUGCAAAAUCAUUUGAUCCAAUGUUUAUUAUAAUUAGAAAAAGAUAUAGGAAAGAUAAUUUAUCAGCUAUGUACUUAUCUGAUUCAAAUUAUUUUUCUGGUUCUAUGAAAGAUGAAUUAAAAAAAAAGAAAAGUUUAAGUAGUACAUUUAAUAAUAUAGAUGAAUAUUAUUAUUCAGCUGAUGAAGAAGAUACGAGAGAUAAUAGUUUUUACAGAGUUAUAAAUAAAAUUGCUAAUCAUGCUUAUUAUAGUGAAAAAGAAAAUUAUGAAACCUGUUUUGAAUUAGAACAUUCUUUAAAAGAUAAAAAAAAAAAUUUAAUAUAUAAAGAUAAAAAUAUGAAAUUAUCACCUGAUGAUUUAUUACAUGUUACUAAUCCAAUGAAUACAAAAAAUGAUCCUAAUUAUUAUUAUAAUAGUACAUAUGAUAAAUUAAAUAACGUAACUUUUAAUUUAAACGGAAUAAAAAAAAAAAGUUAUGAUAAGGAAUCAUCUUAUAUCAAAACAUCUUAUCAUGAUAUAAUUGAUGAAGAUAAGAAUUUAUUAAAUAAAGAAAAAAGUAUUAAUAAAGAUGAAAAGAAAAAAAAAAGUAUUCUUAAGACAGAUGAAGAUAAAAAUCGUGACGAUCAUCAAUUUGAUAAUAAAUAUAAUCAUAUAAUAAUUACAAAGAAAAAAAGUGAUAGUACGUAUGAUAAUAGUUUGGAUAAAGAAUCUUCAAUUGAAAAAAAAUCAUCAAUUGAUAAAGGACAAUAUUCUAAUAUGGAUAGUUCAAGUUAUUUUCAUGACUGUAAAACCAUGUUAAGUGAACACAAUGAAUCUAUUGAAUCGAGUAAUAAUGAUAUAAAUGGAAGGCAAAAGGAAUACAUCAAAAAAGAAAAUUCUGAGAAUCAAGAUGUAGAUGAUGAUGAUGAUAAUGAUGAUAAUAGUAUUGAUGAAAGUGAAUAUGAAAGUAGUCAAAUGGAUAAUGAAAAAAAUAAGGGAUCAACAAAAAAUUCAAAAAGAGUUGUUAUAUAUGCUGAUGGAGUAUAUGAUAUGCUUCAUUUAGGGCAUAUGAAACAAUUGGAGCAAGCCAAAAAACUUUUUGAAAAUACUACUUUAAUAGUAGGUGUAACUAGCGAUAAUGAAACUAAAUUAUUUAAGGGUCAAAUCGUUCAAACUCUAGAAGAAAGAACAGAAACCUUGAAACAUAUUCGUUGGGUAGAUGAAAUAGUUUCUCCAUGCCCAUGGGUUGUAACUCCAGAGUUUUUGGAAAAAUAUAAAAUAGAUUAUGUAGCACAUGAUGAUAUACCAUAUGCAAGUAAUCAAAAAAAGAAAAAAAAAAAAAAGUCUAAAGGGAAAUCAUUUAGUAUUGAUGAAGAAAAUGAAGAUAUAUAUGCUUGGUUAAAAAGAGCAGGGAAAUUUAAAGCAACACAAAGAACAGAUGGUGUAUCAACCACAGAUUUAAUUGUAAGGAUAUUAAAAAAUUAUGAAGAUUAUAUUGAAAGAUCCUUACAACGUGGUAUACAUCCUAAUGAAUUAAAUAUUGGUGUAACCAAAGCUCAGUCAAUAAAAAUGAAAAAAAAUUUAAUACGAUGGGGAGAAAAAGUUACAGAUGAAUUAACUAAGGUUACUUUAACAGACAAACCAUUAGGUACUGAUUUUGAUCAAGGAAUUGAAAAUCUUCAAGUCAAAUUUAAAGAACUUUUUAAAAUAUGGAAAAAUGCAUCAAAUAAAUUGAUAACUGAUUUUACAAGAAAACUUGAAGCAACAUCUUAUUUGACAUCUAUUCAAAAUAUCAUAGAUUAUGAAAUAGAAAAUGAUUAUUAUGCAAGUAGUAAUCUUGAUGAUGAAACGAGUAGUUAA